UUGAGAGAGUUGUGGGACGACGUGGUCGGCCCGGUGGUCGAAAAUCUGGGGCGAAAUUGCACGACGAGACUCCCGAAUAUGGUGGUGCCCAACGUCUCUCUUCAAUUUCAUGCCAUUACAUGCUGCUGGCGAGUACAGGCCAAAGGGAAAGUCCCUUUCGCAGCAGUAUAUUUCUUCAUAUACGCCAUCGCUCACCGCGCUGAUCAA